CAUAUAAUAGUGAGACAAAUUACACAGACCCACAACUUCUUCAUUAUGUCGUCUCUCCUCUGGUUCACCUUUGCCUUCAUUGUGCUCUGUGCAGUGCACUGUUAUCCCUUGGAGCAGGGUUCAUCUGACAUCUCUGCUGAAGAGGAGGGGGACCCAGUCUAUGACAACAGUCUGAAAGAAGAGGAAAGUGAUGUCUCAACUUUAAUUGAGAAAGCAAACAAGUAUGUGGGACAAGAACUGGAUGAGCCAACUGUCAUUGGGGACAUCGCUGUUCCUGCUGAUCUUGGGAAUGCUGACCCUUGCACAUCUCGUGGAUGCAAGUGGGAAAAAUCUUCAGACGGGACUGUUUAUGUGCCCUAUGUAAUCGCCAAUCAGUAUUCAUCGCGGGAAAGAUACAUCAUUGAGCGUGGGCUGCACUCCUUUCCAUCCUACACCUGCGUCCGUUUCAAGCCACACACAACGGAGAGAGACUUCGUGCACAUCCAGUCUCGCGGAGGGUGUUACUCUUAUUUGGGCCGACGGGGUGGUGGCCAGGUGGUGUCUCUGAAUCGCCAGGGCUGCAUCUAUCACGGGGUUGUCCAGCAUGAACUCCUGCACGCUCUAGGAUUCAACCACGAGCAGACACGCAGCGAUCGUGAUGAGCAUGUUCGUAUCCUGUUUGAGAACAUCAUCCAAGGUCAGGAGUACAAUUUCAGGAAAAUCCAUACCAACAACCUAGGGACCCCAUAUGACUACAGCUCUGUCAUGCACUAUGGGAGGGACGCCUUCUCCAAAAAUGGGCAGCCAACUAUUGUGCCCAUUCCAGACAGUAAUGUGGCAAUUGGAAAAGCGACAGAAAUGAGUCGCUAUGACGUUAUGAGGAUUAAUAGGCUCUAUGAGUGUGGAAGAACCGGGUAAUUCAAGACUGGUAUCUCACAAACGUCUCACAAAUGAAGAUUUCCUUCCUUUUUUUUUUUGUUUGUUGUUUGGAAAGGAAAUAUAACGCUUACGCUCAUUGCAAUUAAAAAAAAAAAAAAA